GCAUCCAUCCGGCUGUCCGGCACCUUUCCGGUCAUGAGAUUGCCUCCCGUGGCGCAUGCUGGGAAGUGUAGUUCUUGACCGCUCGGUUACCGCUCGUUCUCGCUGAGAUGAAACUCCACUUCCCAGAAUCCUCCUUGCUCAGCUAGUUCCUUAUUACUUCAUUUCCACAGUGAACAAGCGACACAAGUGUGUGAUUUGUUAGGUUCGCAGCGCAUCGCCACGGCCCCGUUAGCAUGGCACGCGGAACUACCGUUCAUGACGUCAUGAAGUGUGCGCGUGACGGCCGUUAGGAUCGGCAGCUGGCGCGUGACGAGCGGCUCGGUCCGAAGUUCGCGAGCAGAAGAUGGAAGCUAGCUGUUAGCUCGCGGGUUAUCAUGGGAGUCCCUCACCGAGACGAGCUCUAGAGGCUCUGCCGCCCCCAGUCCGCUCGAGAGGACGCACACCUGCACCUGCCUGCCUCUACUUAUAUACACCUGUAUACGUAGGUCGACUGGACAACUGCAGCGAUGGAAGAAGUCGACAAGAUCUUGAUUCAUGCCCUCAAACAAGUCGGCACAGCGCUGCCCGAGGAGGCGCUGGGCGUGAAGCAGCUCUCCGGGGAGCUGGUCGUGGAGGCCGUGGUCCGCUGCCUCCGGGUCAUCGAGCCGGGCCUCGGCAGCCCGCUGCCCACCGCCCUGCCCCCGGGCAUGUCCGCCCGCUUCCGGGUGGGCAUGAGCCUGGCGCAGGCCUGCCAGGACCUCGGGUACAAAGGAGAGAUCGGCUACCAGACGUUCCUCUACAGCAACGAGCCGGAGAUCCGCUCGCUGCUCAUGUUCCUGGUGGAGAAGCUUCCCAGGGAGCGCUCCGAGGCCUCGGACCAGCCCACAGGUAAACCUGCAGUCCUCCAGAGAGCCAUCGCUGCUGCCAUCAAAGCCCAGCUGGGGCUCCCCUGGCUGCCUCCGCACUGCAGACUGCCGCUGCACGCCGAGACACAGAGUCCAGGAGCGUUGCACAGCUUCCACGUCCAGCCUCUCAGUUUGCCACACUGCACUAAAGCUCCAGGACAGAAGCAGCUCCAAGAGGUGGACGACUACCAGCGAGACUUUCUUCCCCCUGUGACCGCUCAGCCUUCCCAUCAUGCAUCUGUGGUGGCGUCCAUACUGGAGCAGCACACGGCCGAGCUGAGCGCCGCUCAGGAGUGGGACAGCGAGUGGAACAGUCAGGGCCUCUUGUCCCGGCUCACACCGCAGGAGUACCGCUCCAGGAAGGUGUCCCGGCUGCGCAGACGCAUCGAGGAUCAGCUGCGUUCUGCUGCGCUGCCGCCGGCUGAAAGUUCCUCCUGGGGUCCUCGCUCCACCUCGGACCUGUCUGAGAUGCUGCAGGCCUUCAGAGGCUCCGCCCCCUCCGACCACAUGCUGACCAAGGGCGCCCACAUACAGAAGGUCACCUUCACACAGCAGGCAGCAGCCGGCCCCUCCCCCUCCCCCCCCGCCGCCGCCCACCAAUCAGAGGGAGACGUCCAGCAGCGGCAGCAGGACGAGCAGCGCUGCCUCCAGCAGCUCCUGCAGCACCUCAGCACUGACGUGGACCAGCUGGCCACGGACAUGAGACACAUGAGCGUCACCAAUGCACAGGUGUUGGAUGAGCUGAAGCAGAGAGAUCGAGAGAACUCUGAAAACAAGGACAAGAUGCAGGUGAAGAAGAAGACCAUCGACCUGCUGCCGGACAUGGACAACAACCUGCUGAAGCUGCAGGCUCUGGUGGAGGCCAGUGCCAAGCGGGUGGUGAGCCUGGCCUCUCAGUGGGAGAAGCACCGCGCUCCUCUCAUCGACGAGCACCGCCGGCUCAAAGAGAUCUGCAGCCACCAGGAUCUGGAGUCGACCAGGAAGCUGUCAGACAUCAAGUCUCUGCACGAUAAGAUCCGCGUGUCCUCCGAGGAGGCCAAGAAGAAGGAGGAGCUCUACAAACAGCUGCUGACGGAGUUGGAGAACCUCCCUCAGGACGCGUCUCGGUCGGCGUACACUCAGAGGAUCCUGGAGAUCGUCAGCAACAUCAAGAAGCAGAAGGAGGAAAUCACCAAGAUCCUCUCAGACACCAAGGAUCUUCAGAAGGAGAUCAACAGCCUGACGGGGAAACUGGACCGGACCUUCGCCGUGACGGACGAGCUGGUCUUCAAGGACGCCAAAAAAGACGAAUCCGUCCGCAAGUCGUACAAGUACCUGGCCGCCCUGCACGAGAACUGUCACCAGCUGAUCCAGACCAUCGAGGACACCGGAACCAUCCUGAGGGAGAUCCGGGACCUCGAGGAACAGAUCGAGACGGAGAACGUGAGUAAGACGGUGGCCAACCUGCAGCGGAUCCAGGAGGACCACCAGGCUCUUCGCCAGGAGAACUCUGCUCUGGCUGCUAAGCUCCUGUGUUCCACUGAGUGGAUGUGGCCCGGUAACGAUGUGGCCCGGUACCGAUGUGGUCCGGCCACUUCAACGUGUUCAUGGAAUCAGCUUGAAUAAAGAGGCCUUACAGACGAGCAGCUGGUCGUGAUGAAGACCCAAGUGGACCGUAGUGGACCUGCUCGCCUUCCUCUGUCGUGAUGCUGGUCUCGCAUUGAACUGGACACACAGAACAUUUCCUCCUGGGGGCCAGCCACAUGGGCCAGAACCGGCGUCAGGGAGCUCGACAACCGACUCUCCGUGGACAUCUUCCCUGACCCCACGACCCCAACAGCUUCUGAGACUCCUUAGUGGAGGUUCAGCCUGACCCUGGGGGUCGGCCCGGACACGCCUCCACUGGCCCAGUCACAUAUUUCACUGUUUGUUAAUCUGAAAUCGUGCGCCGCUGUCCAGCGGACCUCCAAUCAGGAGACAGCUGAGCUUAGAAACAUGACGUUAGCACCAUUAGCAUAGCGGUGGGGACAGUUUGAAUGCAGCUCACGCUGAUGUCGACUCGGCCUGACGCGUCGACAUCCAACAGGAGUGCAGCGGCUCCACACCAAUCGGUGCGUGCCGUUACAUUGGAGAGCUCCCAUUGGACGUUGGAGCGAGCAGCCGCCACUAGAGGAGGAGCUAACCGUCGUAUGGCUCCUCCCUCUUCACUGUGAUGUAAUGUGAGUAGCAGUCGGGACACGGCGUUCUCCUGAAGCGACGGCGUCCUACAUCUGAACCAUGUGGUUCUACAUGUGGUUCUCCUGUGGUUUUACAUGUGAUUCUACGUGUGGUUCUCGUGUGGUUCUACUUGUGGUUUUACAUGUGGUUCUCGUGUGGAUAUACUUGUGGUUCUUGUGUGGUUUAACAUGUGGUUCUCCUGUGGUUUUACAUGUGGUUCUCGUGUGGUUUUACAUGUGGUUUUACAUGUGGUUCUACAUGUGGUUAUACUUGUGGUUCUUGUGUGGUUUAACAUAUGGUUCUCGUGUGGUUCUACAUGUGGUUCUCCUGUGGUUUUACAUGUGGUUCUACAUGUAGUUUUACAUGUGGUUCUCCUGUGGUUUUACAUGUGGUUCUUGUGUGGUUCUACAUGUGGUUCUCGUGUGGUUUUACAUGUGGUUCUCGUGUGGUUCUACUUGUGGUUCUCGUGUGGUUCUACAUGUGGUUCUACAUGUGGUUCUACAUGUGGUUCUCGUGUGGUUAUACUUGUGGUUCUUGUGUGGUUCUACAUGUGGUUCUCCUGUGAUUUUACAUGUGGUUCUCGUGUGGUUCUACUUGUGGUUCUCGUGUGGUUCUUGUGUGGUUUAACAUAUGGUUCUCGUGUGGUUCUACAUGUGGUUCUCGUGUGGUUCUACAUGUGGUUCUCCUGUGGCUUUACAUGUGGUUCUACAUGUGGUUUUACAUGUGGUUCUCGUGUGGUUCUACAUGUGGUUCUACAUGUGGUACUACAUGUGGUACUACAUGUGGUACUACAUGUGGUUCUCAUGUGGUUUUACAUGUGGUUCUACAUGUGGUUCUCGUGUGGUUCUACAUGUGGUUCUCGUGUGGUUUUACAUGUGGUUCUACUUGUGGUUCUCGUGUGGUUCUACUUGUGGUUCUUGUGUGGUUUAACAUGUGGUUCUACAUGUGGUUCUCCUGUGGUUUUACGUGUGGUUCUUCAUGUGGUUCUCGUGUGGUUCCUUUACUCAGCAACAUGAAGAUCUACUGAUGUUGAGAAGAAACAGGAAGAACAAUCAAUCCUUUGAGUUUUUAUUAAACAAUAUGAUGCUAAAAUAAA